AUUUCUACAUCAUGUUAGGAAAAAAUUCGCCACAAUGUUAUCCCUUGGGAUAUUGGUUAGUUGUAUCAUGCUGUACUAUGUUGUUAUUUUUGAGGUCUGUUGCAUAGUAAUAGAAACCAGGGAAAAUAAAUUGUCAUGAAAGGUGAGUAUUACAUUGGAAAUGUUUUUAAUUCAGUGCAACUUUUUGACAGAGGUUUUUCUUCGCUGCCUGUUAACUUUCUGCAUAUAUCAAAGUGCUGUGAGAUGCCCUCAGCAAGGAGAGCUGUAACAAAUACUUUAUUAAGCUAUCGUUGAACUAGCAGUGGAAAUCAUUUCCCUUUUUUAUGUAAAAACUUUUGACUUCAGAGGCAGAAUCUUAGGGUGAAAUCCUGGCUGCACUGAAGUUAUGAGGAAUUUUAUCAUUGACUUCAAUGGGGCCAAGAUUUCACCUCUGACUCAGAGGCAAUACUCUUUCCUCCAGCCUGCUAUAUAUAUAUAUAUAUAUAUAUAUUUUUUUUUUUUUUUAAUUAAGUUGCUAUUGGCUGCUUCCCUUUCCUGCUUUUGCUGGAUACCUGCAUUGUUCAGCACAAAAAGCAAUGACAUUCUCCUGGGGUUUGGUUUACUUUUUCAUUAGAGAAGGACCAUUUUUAGGCUUUGACAGAAUUCUUAGCAUUUUUGAAUUGCAUCCCAAACCUGUCGAACCCCUCACACUCCCUUCACCAAUACUGUUAGUUUUUAUAAUGAACUAGCUGCGUUCUGCAAAGCAAGUGGCAAUGGAAUCUUGGCCGUGUCCUAACUGCUGAAAAGGCUUUGAUUUCUCCUUGGUUAUCUUUAUAACUCCAAGACAUUUAGCUAAAUCGGAGCCAUCUAGCUGUAGUCCACCAUGUGUGCAGGUUCUGUCUGUCUCUCUUAAAACCUUCCUCUGUGUGUGUGUGUGUGUGUGUGUGUGUGUGUGUGUGUGUGUGUGUGUGUGUGUGCAUGCACAUGUACGUGCUAUUUGCAUACUGAGAGAAUGUGUGUUGGUACUGAAAGAGGGAGAAGCAGUCACUUUGCUCAUUCCUAAAUUCUUGGUUGGAGAAUUGCAACUGAGUACAGAGUACAGCAGCACUACCUAAGCAUAUGAGCAGUACCGAGUUCCAUUAAAUCUACAUGGGAAAUUCAUAUGGACAGAAUUUCAUUACAUGUGUUGGUUACAGGCCAGCAGACAUGGUCUGAUGCUUCUUCUCUUGUGAAAAAUAGUAUCGGAUCCUUGAUGAUUGAAGCGGCCAAGGCCACAGUUUUAAGUCUCAUCGAAAAGACAUCUCUACAGCCAUAAUCACACCUAGUUGCGUGGUGCUGAUGAGUCGAAAGAGGCAAGCAAAUAAAAGAUACCCUCUGUGCAGUGUCCUAAUUUUAUGUUUAUGGUUUGACAAACCAGCACUGAUCAGUACUUUCUCUGCUUAGCUUUUAGGAUCACAGCCCAAUUUAGAAUGGCACUCCUUUCUCUUCCUACGUAUUACACAGUUCAGCUCAUGACCAGCAGCUACCAGGAUAAAUACUUUAUUAGAGUGUUUGUUAUUGAUUCCAGGUUCAUUAUGGUGUAGUGUUUGGAUAACCUGUCACUAAGCAGCUGUAUUGCUUGAAGAUAACUCCCUGGCAUAUGGAUUAAUUUAAACCUGAUCUCAAUUACCAGUGAAAUCUCUGGUUUGGACAGGACAGUCAGAAAUAAGUUUUUGACUAUUGCAAAAGAUGAAAGCCCUUGGCGAACUGUUCAGGAAACAGUGCAAAAAUUGCACUGAAUCUGGAAAAGUAAUUAAAGGAGAAUUAAAGUCACUGGACUGUCUGCGGGAGUGCUGGCUUCUGCCACUACAGUGUUACCCUCAUGGUAGCCAACAGGGCUAAUAGCAGUCAGUAUUUCCCACUUGCUCUGCACGUGUGAAUGUUUCCUCCCACACUGCAUAAUAUUGCAUUCAGGUAAACCAUAAAAGGGAAGCGACAGAAACAAAUUCUCAUUACAGAAUCUGUGCAAAAAAAAACAGCUUUGUAACAAAAGACCAAGUAGAAUGAGAGGGACAAAACGGAGGAAAGAAGUGAAUUUGAAGGGAUGUGACCAGAUUUGGGCAAGUCCUUUACCAUGGAAGCAUGACAUGUAUGUGUUAAAGUCCAAGCUUUUCAUACGUGGGUGGCGAGGUGUUGUCCAACACAAUCUUGGCAGAGUUCUCGCCAUCUUUUUCCUUCAUAAUCUUCACUGUUACUUGGCUGCAGCGUAGGCAGAAUGUAGGUAUCAACUUUGAAAAGUUGGUGUUUUUCUUGAGUGAAUCUGGGUGGGAGCAGCACCGGAUGGAAGAACUAUGCUAGAAUUUCCAUAUCCAUCUCCAGCACCAAACUUUUCUAGCCCUAAGUGAUUUUACUUACAUUAGGGGAAAAAGCCCCUCCUAAUUCUAGUAAGCAACCAUGCAUUCUCUGGGUCAUGGUGCAUGCUGUAAGAGGUCUAGUCGGAUGCCGGAUGCAUCCUCUUGUGGCUAACAAGCCCAACUUGAGAGCGACACUGCUUCCUAUAAGUCUCAGAUCCAUAACUUGUCCAACUUUACAACACAUUGUUUUCUUUCUCGCUUUGCUUCCAUCCUCUGGAUCAGAGCUGCUUUAUGUUGAGCUGUACCCAGUGCCAUGCGUUCCUUCCAGAUCGGAUGGGAUUCUGUGCGCACCUCUUGACUUUCUAUGUUGAUGCUGAAUAACCUCAUAUCAUUUUUGUACACAUGGUACCACCACAGAGGGUGACCCCGCUUUCUAGAGCUAUCUCAAAUCUCACUAUACAAGGGAUACGGUCUCUUCCCAGUCUCCUGAUAUGGCUGGUCCAUUGCAACCUUUUCUUCUUGACAGUGGUUUCUAAGUGUGUCAGUUCUGUGCUGUCCAGCAGGCCGGAUAGUCCUGCCAGAUACAAGUGGUAUCUGGCAGCACAGUAAAUUACCAUGCUUAAAUGCAUGUGUAGAUGGUGACAUUGCGAUCAGUUUACUCUGGCUCAAAUUGAGCCAGAGUAUAUUCAGUCACAUUAACUGCAUGUGUAGAUGUGCCCAGUGAUGCCUAAAGCAUCUUAACUGAUUCCAAGUGGCAGAGAUGAAGCUAUUGUAGCUGACACUAUUCAAAAUAUCUUCAGAAUAUAGAUCUAUGGUUUUCUGAGGCAAGAAAGGGACCACUGUGAGCAUGUAGUCUUAUGUCCUGCACAGCCCAGGCCAAGGAAUCUCACCAGGUGAUUUCAGGGUCAAGCUCAUCAUCCUCAUUGGCAGUCCCUUGAUACAAGGAUGACAGUUCUCCAGUGUAUGGGGAUGUCAUCAUUGAGUCUGGAGAUGACUGAGGAGGCUGAUCCAAGAUUCUUAUGCUGCAUAUUUGACUGUGCAGAUGUGGAAAAUAGCUGCAGAAGGAAGGAGUGGAUCUCAGUCAUGUUGAGUUAAAGCUCUUUCCCUUUGUGUCUCUCCUCUAUCUGCUUCCAUAAUGAGGUGAGUGUGCAUGAAGUGAUUGAUGCUUUGUUGUACAUCAUGCCAUUGGGGAUGAUUCAGUGCUUGAGUCUUUCAGGUAUUGAUAUUAAUAUCACAUUGUUUCAGAUUGGCCUUCAGGGUGUUCUUGAAUCUCUUCUUUUGCCCACCUCUAGAGAGGUGACCAUUGGUGAAGUAGGAGUAUAGUCUUGGGAGCUGGCAACCUUAUGACAUGUCCUGUCCAAUGGAGCUGGUACCCUAUCAACAUGGCUUCAAUGCUGUUGGUGUUUGCUUGAGCCAGAACACUGGCAUUCGUUCUUCUGUCCGUCCAAUGGAGGAUUUUCCAAAGAUAUUGCUGAUGGUAAUGUUCCAAAGCUUUCACAUCUGUCUUCCACAUUUCAUGCCCACAUAAGCUAGGGAUGAUAAGCUUGAUUUGGGUCCUGAUGUUAUGAUCAUCAAAGCCACAAUUUUAGAGAAGUCCAAAGGCAGCACUCAUAGAUUUUAUCCAGUGUUAUGUCUUGUGGUGUGUCGGGGCUGAUGGUACUUUUACUAAGAGGUUAGAGAUUAUGGAUUUGUAUAGGAUGGUUUGGUUAGGGAUGAUCCUGUCUCAGGCAGGAAGCUGAACUAGAUGACCUAUAGAAGUCCUUUCCAGCCUUCUCUAUGAUUUCUUUGAGUGUAGUCUCUUUACUUUUUGGGGAAAGGUGGCUACUCAUGUAGGGGAAAUGCUCAACAUCCUCCAAGGAUUGCCCUCUAAUUGUAAUAUGAGGAGGGGCAACUAGUUGGUUUGGAGUGAGUUAGUAAAGUAUCUUUUGUUGUGAAGUUGGCAGAAAGUCCAAGCAUUUUAUAUAAAUCAAGAAAUACCUGGAACUCUUCAGUUGAGUGGGAACAUAUGACACAGUCAUUAGUGUAUUGAAAAUAAGUAACGGAGGUGUUGGUUAUCUUGGAUUUGAAACAUAACUGGUUGAUGUUAGAGAUUCCUGUCCAUGCAAUACUGGAUGUGACUCCAGAUAGAAAUCUAUCAGCAAUGAAAUGUGGAAUAGCUGUGAUAUAGAUGGAAAAGAGUAUUGGUGCAGUUGCACAUUCUUGUUUGACUUCAAUUUCAAUGGCAAAAGGGCCUGUUUCUAAGCCACUGCUUAGGAUGGUUGUCUUGUCCCUGUGAAGAAGACUGAUGAUGGGACAAAUUUUGGCAGGCAUCCAAAUUUCAUCAGGAUCUUCCAUAGGGCCUUUCUGUUGAUUGAAUCAAAGGCCAUCGUCAAUGAAAGCCAUGUAAAGAUCUUAGUGUCACUUGCAACACUCAUUUUGUAGCUGUCUAUUAGCAAAUAUUGUAUGUAUUGUACCUUUGAAUGGACUGAAACCAUAUUGGUAUUUGGUAGUAUCUUCACAGCAAGGAAAGUGGGUUUAUUGAGGAGAAUUCAGGUGAGGCUCCUCCCAGCUAUGGGCAGGAUGCAAUAUCAUAAUUACUGCUGCAAUUUGAUCUUCCUCCUUACUUGAAUACAGUAAUUAUUCUGGCAUCUUUCAGAUCACUGGGAAUCUGCUCAUGUUUCCAAAUUUUCAUAAUAAUGAUGUGUAGUCGGUAAGAGAGCUUUUUUUUUUUUUAACUUGCUUAUAAAUUUCAGCUGGUAUUCCAUGUGUUUGUUGUUCUUCAUCUGCUUAAUGGCUUUCAAGGCUUUCAGGCAUCUUGGUAAGUUUGCAGGUCUGCAAGGUAGUCCAUAAAGGAGUGUUGUGGAACAACAUUGAUGGUAUUGUCUUUGAAUAGAUUAAAAUUUUGGGUCAGGAGCUCUUGAAAGUGCUGCUUUCACAGUGUGUUGAUGGUGGAGCUGCUUUUAAAGAAUGCUGUUGCAUUCUUGGACCUCAGAGCGUGGCUUCUUGUGUGGUGGCCCAUAGAUAGCUGUGGUUGUGCUGGAGAAACUAUGCAUGCCGUGGCUGUCUGCAAAAAUGUGAAUCUCUCUUGCACAAAGAGAUUCAACAUUUUGCAGACAGCCACAGCAUGCAUAGUUUCUUCAGUGGUGUCCUCUCACCCCUUGUUCUUUCAUUUUUAAAUUACCCUCUGGUUUUCAGCUUUAAUGCAAUGCUAAAUGUCUUGCUUCAGAGAAGAAUUCCACCUUUCCUCACUCCAUCCCUUCCAAGUCUUUCUUUCCAUAGCUCAGGGUCUCUACUCACUCUAGCACCAGAAAGAAUGAUCUUACCUUCCUUGGGGAGAGAUGACGAGAGCUGGUUGAAUUUAGAAUAACCUUCUUCUGUUUGGGCAUUGUAUCAAGGGUUGGGGUGUAUGCACUGAUGGCUGUUGCAUUUUGUCUGUCGGUCAGUUGAAGAGGAAAGGUCAUGAGAUGCUCAAAGAUGCCAUACAGAUGUUUUGGCAUCUUGGACUUGAUAGCAAAAUGAAUGCUGUGAUGAUUUCUAAUUGAAUCAAGUAUCUGUCCUGGAGAAGCUUCAGCUAAAGAUCCCAAGUAACUUAAGAAUCUGCUAUAACCCAUUGUAGGUUGUUCUAGUGGACUUAAAGGCCUCAUUGCUAAAACUAUACAUCCUAUGUCUUCCCUUCAGUGUUGAGCAAUUGUGGCUUAUUAUACGUUUGUCUGCUAAACUGAGGAGCCAUCUGUUGUAUGAAGCAGGGUUGAAUUAGGAAAGUGAAUUUUACAAACAAAACCAUCUCUAAUAGCCUCCAUAAUACUUGAAAAAUCUAUAGAAUAAGGAUGUCUUAAGUUUUCAUUGCCUCUAUAUUCAGUCAUAUUCAGAAAGCCUCCAUAUUUUGGUGACUAAACAUAAUUCCUUUUAAUUAAGACUCCUGUUUAAGUGUAGGUACUCUAACUUUGCAUCUGUGUUGGGUAAUCUGCCUGUUCAUUUCCUCCUGCCAACAUUUUCUGCUGUUGAAAUUUGCCUUUCCAGAGCACGAAUUUUAAUUAAACCAAACAUAAUUAGGUUCAAAGUUUGAUUCUUUCAAAAUUCCACAGCCUUGGCUUAGUUUAUGCAUCUGUGCUGUCAUUUUUAAGCUUGAGCUAAAGGAUUGCAAACUGACUCCAUUUAGUUAGCACUUUGUACAUGCUGGAUUUAACAUGCCGCAGUUGUUUGUUCUAGGACACAAACAUAUGCGGUUUACUCUAAGCUGCAUUUUAAAGGCAGCCAAAACUACCUUUCUCCUGGAACAAAUAUUUAUGGAGGGUCCAAAUUAGUAUGUAUCAACAUAUUGACUGAGUUAAUUGCUGAUUACUUAACCCUAGGUUAAAAACCAAAACAAGACUAAUGUAACUGUAUCUGUAAAUGUAACUGAGUUGCAUUUAUACCGCUGACAUGUAUUCCUUGCUUCUAAUCAGUGCUACUAGGAGGAAAUACCCUGCAGAAUUGGGCCCUUUAAUUUAUAGGAUUUGAACAGUGAUAAAGUUAGUUUCUAAAUGAAACUUGGCAGCAACCCCAUAAUGCCUGCCCGCAGUUAUUUGAUAAGGGCUAAAUCUACUGAAAAGCUGUAGUGUCUGUGAAGAUCAUGAGAUUGGGUGAUAACAGGGCACGUGCUGUAUUGCAGUAACAGCAGCAGAAACACAUUGUCAUUAGUAGGGACCUACUGAAAUCACGUUUUUGUGAUUUUCGCAGAAACCGUGAUUUCAGGCAUGUUCUGUGAAAAAGUGUGGGUGCCGUGCUUUGGGUGGGCGGGCUCCCUGAGAAAAAAAGAAAACAAAACUUAAUGAAAAUAAAAUGCUGGCUCCCUCUGGGUAGCCCUCUGGGCAGCCCUCGUGCCUCAAUUGUGCAGCCCGCUAGGGGGGUGGUGGGGCGGGUAGAGACGAGGGGGGCUGCUGCCCCCUCCACUGCUAUUUGGCUGUAACGGCUGUCCAUCUUAUGGCCCUUCCUCCUCGUCAUCAAUUGGUGGUAAGGCAUGGGGCCAUGUGACAGAUGGUCCUUGCGGCCAAUCAGCAAUGAGGAGCAAGGCUACUGGGGCCUGUUGGCCAAUCAGAGGUGUGUGUGGGGUGGGGGCAGUCGCACUCCACCCAUAAAAAUGGCUGCCCACCCUGCGAUUUGCACGUGAAAUCUGUUGGGAGCUGCCUCGAGUUCAGUAGACUGCUAGUUAUUAGUUCUGCCCUUUUGCCUUUUCCAGGAACAGGAAUAAAGAAGCUGCCUUUAAAGCUUGAAUACGUAUAAAUGCAAGUACGCUCUCGUCUAGCGCGGUUUCCGUGUGUAGAGAUGAAGGUUGCUUUUUUAAGAGACAGGAUGAUGAAAAAUGAAGCCAACUGAGCAGAUAGGAGAAUGUUCCUGGCCAUCUUCAGCAUUGCACAGUCCGAUUCAGCAAGGUGUUCAGCUUGAGUUGGACCACUCUUGUACUGGAUGUGGGUUCUCGAAGUUGCUUAAGAGGAAACUGGACGACCACCUAGGCGGCUUAACUUGAGAAAACAAAAAUCUACAAGUCUGACCAUGGAGAUUACAGAAUCGUUUCAUAAGAGGGGACUUGCCCUCAGGUUGCCUGUUGAAACUUUUAAGUCCACAUCUGAGGUCAAAGUGAAACACUCGCUGUUUGCACUAUUUAAGAGACAAGAUACAGAAUUUUGUGCAUAUUUAUCCAAAUUGCUGCAGAAUCCCAUGCUGAGAGUCAUCAUGAUUAGCACCGUCUUGGUCAAUGCACUGUUCAUAACUAUGGAGACUGAUUAUAAUAUUAGGUUUCAAUCUCAUACAUUUCUGGAGCUGGCAGAUGUGAUCAUUCUGGCCAUCUAUACCACAGAGUUUUUGAUCCUGUUUUAUGUGGACCCCUUGAAUUUCUGGAGGAGCGGCUACAACAUACUCAAUGCUGUCAUUCUCCUCUUUGCUUACCUCCCGUAUACCAUCGACAAAAAUAACACCAAAUACUACUGGUCCUGGAGCACGCUCAAAGGUUUCCAGGUGCUCCGGAUUCUGAAGCUCAUCGACUACAGCCGAGGAAUGAGGAAUUUGAUGACAGCUCUAGGCCAGACUAUGAAGACUGUGAUCUAUGUCCUUAUUCUGCUGUUCCUGCUAAUGUUUAUCUUUGCCAUUUUGGGCCACGGUUUGUAUGGAGACCCUGACACUGGAGACAGAGGAAAUUGGGGCAACCUUGCAUCUGCACUUUUCACGCUCUUCAGUUUAGUCACGGUCGACGGCUGGACGGACUUGCAGAGCAGCUUGGAGGAUCACGGUUUUACUGCCAGCCGAGCGUUCACCAUAGUCUUCAUCUUGCUGGGCUUCUUUGUGUUUUUCAAUAUGUUUAUUGGUGUUGUCAUUAUCAAUAUCCAGGACUCGACUCAAAAUUACAAGUGGGAGCGUAAAGCAGAAACGCAGGCUGCUCUUCAGGCCAAAAAACAGGCCAUAUUAAAGAGACAACAAGAAGAAGUGAGCAAGUUAAUGCACCAGCAGAAAACCAGCGAGUAUAAAGCUUUCAGUGAAUUGGUGGACGACUUUAAAAAGACGUUACAGCAUUCUGAUACUGUGGUCUUAGAAGAUUUUUGUGCCAGUAUCGCAUUUAUUGAUCUGUAUUUGACAUCCCUGGAUCUUCAGGAUGAUACAAUAUAUAGGGCAUCACCUGUGUUGGGGGCAUCAGGCACAGGCAUGUUAGGAGAGAGCACUUUCCACAGCUAACAGCAUCCUUUAUAAAACAUUUUGCUGCAAGAAGAGGAAGCAUAGAAGAUGGGCUUGAGCUAGCAGGUCCCCCAAGUGCCCCUUGUCCCUCAGCUGGAGCUCUGCACUGAGUCUAGGCAGUUUCUAAAGUGGGAGUCUGGCUCCACGGUGCGUCCCGUCACCUGGCAGUCAUGCCCCUCACCGGAAGAACAUACAUGGAAAAAGCUGAGGUAACCUCCUGUAUUAUUGGGCAUUGCCCUUUCUAUCCUACAAAGCCCUUUUAGAUGUCCUCCACCUGGUAACUCUGAGCAUGUCCUGCCAGGGCACUGGCUCCCCACAACUCAGCCUCAAGUUAAUGGGAAUUGAAGGUGCUCCAAUCCAGGCUUGACAAGGCCCAUAAACUAUCCAAGAAAGUCCUUCAUUUCCACCCUCUGUAUUUUCCAUGGGCAGGGAUCAACUGUUUUCUUAGGUGUGGCAUUUUUGGAGGAGUUGGAUUUGAGAAUAGCUUCAUGUAGCACAGGUCAUGAGCAAGGAGCUGAGAGUUCAUGAACUGGGGAAGCCAAAGGUAGAUCUGGAGCUGAGAGGAGUUCAUGAACUGGGGAAGCCAAAGGUAGAUCUGGGCCCCAGCUGCAGACAGGGGAGCCAGGACCACGAGUGUCUGAAGUUCAAUGAUUCUGACUGGGGUUGAAAUCCCAGCCCCAUUGAAAUGAGGGGGGAUUUUGUCAGGCUUGCUUUCCCCUUCAGGUUUAGCUUGGGAUCCUUUCUUGGGUAGAGAGAGGAUGGAGGUACUAACCGAAUGGAAGCAGCUUGGUUUUACAGGACAUCUUCCCUCCCGUUUCCAGUGCUGCAGUUUGGUUUGCAUAUCCAUUUUGAGCAUGCCUUGACCUGGAGAGAUGUAGAUAGACGGUGGCAGGCACUGGAAAAUACCUGCACUCAGAGAAGAUCUACUGCUACCGGGGCCACAAAACGAGCAUAAUAGACCAAAACUCCAACAAAACCAAAUGCAGGCACAGGUCAAGCAUGUCCUUGUGAAGUCCCUGAUUGAAUAAAAAAACCCCAAACCAGUAAAGGCCUCAGGGCCUGGACUUUUGUGCUUGUUUUCUUGCAAGUUACUGUUUCUUGGGGGAAAAAAGAAAAGUCCCCAGCAGACCCCAGUACCUGGGGGAGUCCCGGCUUUGGUGUACGCUUGUGAUUUAUGGGGUACUUGUUAAAACCACUUGUUCUUGUCAAAACAAAACAGAUUGAAGGGAGUUUGGGAGACGGUCUCCUUCUAGUUGGCACUUCAUCAUGGCUUCUUAUUCUUUCCUAGGUUCUGGAAGUUUACAGUUAUAUAAAACUUAAUGAAUCAGUAUACUUUAGAUUUCCGUCCUAAUACAUAUGGGUUCAAUUAACUGCGCCGUUUGCUUAUUUAAGCGUUUUCAUUAAAUUGCUUUACUAUAUUUUCCCGCAAUUGAAAGGGAGCAUGGUGAAGAUUAUGCCAUCUGCCACCAUCAGUUCUGCAGGGCUUUUUUCUUUGUCCAAACCCACUUUUGUUAGUAUAAAAGACCCUUCCCCCCAUUGUUUCGCUGCAUGCCAUGCAUUUAUUGCAUUCUCUUCUACUCCAGAUCUAUAAAUAAAAGGCCUGUGUGGGGGAACCUGUUGCAGUGUCUUUUGUAAACAGCCUUUUAGAGAAGUUGUGCUUUGUGCCCCCCUUCCUCAGCCUGCGCCCACGGUUCCUCCUUGCUCUAGCUCUACUGCCUGUAUUGCACCUUUGAAAGUCCUGCUGCUGAGUUUGUGAGUCUUGUCAAAUCCCAGCAAAACCCUUUGCCUUUUCUUCAGACCCUACAGGGUUUUUUUUAGAGGAGCUACAAGCAUAGCAUUGUGAAGUGAGAUUCCCGCUACUUCUGAGUCAUCACUUCUGGUCUGAUGUCCACGUCUGACCUAGCAUUUCCCAAUCCCUCUCUCCUACUCAGCUGCUGAUACCAGUUGACUUCUGUCCC